AUGGGCCUCGAUCCAAGUAUUAUUCGGAACACCAACCUGAUCGAGGAUCGUCUGUCGAAUCCGGAAGAUGCACAAGACAGCACUCAUAACGAGGUUCGCGAGUUAAACGAUGAGUUGGCAAGCGUCACCAGGAUCGAAGUCAUUGACUCGGUAAUCAGUCCGAGAAGUAAAUGUGUUCUGUACGCUGGCGAACUGGACAAUUCGACGGUGAGCACCUAUCGUAACUUUGCAGCGUCCGAGUUCGGCCAGCUUUCGAUGUUGGCGACAUUGAACACUGUCACCAGUAUCGUUGCCGCUGUCAGCAAACCACCGAUUGCCAAACUGUCAGACGUUCUAGGAAGAGCUGAAACGUACAUCAUCACAGUUACCUGCUACGUACUCUCUUAUAUUCUAUGUGCUUCAGCUAGGUCCCUCGAUACCUACGCCGGCGGGUGCGUCCUUUACGCCCUUGGCCAAUCUGGGACUUCGAUACUAAACGCGAUUGUCAUCUCUGAUAUCUCUUCUAUGCGGUGGAGAGGGUUUGUCUACAAUAUACUAUACCUUCCAUUUCUUGUCACCCCCUGGAUCUCAGCAUUUAUCAUUGAAAGCGUCGUCAAUGGCAUUGGAUGGCGCUGGGGAAUCGGUAUGUUUGCCAUUUUAAUGCCGUCUUGCGCCAGUAUCAUAAUCAUCAGUUUACUUGUCUUUCAACAUCAUGCAAAGAAGACCGGUUCUGUUGUCUGUCAUCGUCCGAGCCUGCAUGGUUUCUGCUCGGGAAUCGACCUAGGAGGUAUUGCGAUCCUGACUUGCGGGUUUUCCUCGCUGUUGAUUCCUACAACCUUGGCGGCCACAACAACAAGUCGAUGGAAGACACCAUGGAUAGAUGCCCUUAUAGUCUUGGGUGCCGUCUUUCUAGCUUGUCUCUAUCCUUACGAGAAGUACAUUGCUAAAAAUCCGGUAUUCUCUGUACGCUACUUCCACACGUUGUCCGUGCUCGUGCCGGUGGGACUUGCUUGCAUUGACAAUAUUGGGUUCGGCACAACCCACACCUACCUCUACGCCUGGUCAAUGGUCUCACAUAAUUUUUCGCCUCGCACUGCCCAGUUCCUCACCUGGACAAGUGGCGUCAUGCAAGCGCUCUCUGGGAUAUGCAUGGGUUUGCUUAUGUACCGCCUGCGAAGGUACAAAUGGACCGCUGUAGCCGGUGCUAUCGUUCGACUGAUCGGCUACGGGCUGAUGAUUCGCCUUCGUACAAACACAAGCUCAUUGGCGGAACUCUUCCUCACCCAACUGAUACAGGGGCUAGGCAGCGGGAUCAUCGAGACAGUAGCGAUAGUUGCAGCCCAGAUCUCCGUACCGCAUUCGGAACUCGCUCAGGUGACAUCGCUGGUUAUGCUGGGCGCAUUCGUGGGUAAUGCGGUUGGGUCAGCCAUCGCUGGCGGGAUCUAUACUGGGAAGCUCCGCGAGCGACUGCACGUACGCUUGGGUAGUGCCAUUGGCGAGGCCAGGCUGGAUCAGUUGUAUAAUUCCAUCACGGGAACUUUACCCGUGUGGGGAACAUGGCAGCGAGCGGCAGUAAAUCAUGCAAUAUUCCGAUGUCUGAUGCAAACGGUGUGCGUGAAUCAUGCAGGCAAAGUCAUUGAUAUUCAGUCGGUGUUUGCCUUGGUCGUAUUAGUUCUGCACAGACAAAUUGAAUAUGGAUUUCAGGUUUCCAACACAACGCUCUAA